UACAUCCGGCACGAAUUUCGAAGAGGAAGCAAAAGGGCUUACCACGUUCAUGAGUGGACUGGCUUAAGUUGGGAAGCAGGUCAAAGGGCAGUAUUAAAGAUUGUUGAUCACUAGUAUGCGCUGCAUUUGUUGCUUCAUCACAGGCAAUAUAGAUAUAACGUGAUCAUUAUAUCUGAGCUGGUCGUCGCUACUACUAUUCAGUAGAAACUCUACUGGGCUAAGGAGAGAGUAGGAGCUAAUAACAGCCAACAGUGUUGCGUAUCAGUUUUACACUGCUAAAAUGGCUAAAUCAGAUGAGUUUGGAGAAUUCAUCCGUGAUGUACUAACAAAAGGAGGUUUAAAGAUUUUUGAAGGAUUUGAAAAAACGUUGGCUGAGUGUAAAGAAGAAUUCUCUCGUUCAGAGGAGGAGAGGAAGCGGCUACAACAGCUGUUGGACGUUGUUUCUCCACCCGAGAUUAAGCGACGUCGAACAGAAGUGCAGCAGCUGUCUCUCCCGGAGCCCCCACAGAUUAAAGAGGAACAGGAGCUGUGGACCAGUCAGGAGGAAGAGCAGCUCCAAGGACUGCAGUCUGAAACUACAGACUCCAUCUUCACCAGGGACUCCAACUUGCAUAUCAGAGCAUUUCUCAGUGAGAGAUUAACAACAGCAGCUUCAGAGAUUUUCGGUGAAGUUAAAAUAACAUUUGCUGUGUACCAAGAAGAAAUCUCUCGUUCUGAGAAGAAGAGGAAGCGGAUACAACGGCUGUUGGACGUUGUUGCUCAACCUGAGAUCAAGCUACACCGAACAGAAGUGCAGCAUUUCUCUCUCUCAGAGCCCCCACAGAUUAAAGAGGAACAGGAGCUGUGGACCAGUCAGGAGGAAGAGCAGCUUCAAGGACUAAAGUCUGAAACUACAGACUCCAUACUCACGUCUUCCAGUGUGGAAUGUGAUUCUGAUCAAGAGGGCUCUGUUGAAUGUUCACAUCUUGACCAAACUGUCCAAGUGGACAACAGAGAAGGAGACUCUCUACCCACCAACACAACUGAGGAGCAAAUCAAAGCAGAGCCUCAUGUACAAGACUCUGCAGCACCAGAACCAGGCAGUGACUCUCAGCCCCUCUCUGUUGUAGAUCAGAGUUUUUCUAUUCUAGAAACUUUAGAAUCCAAGAGAACACGGCAAAACGAGGCUGUCUCAUGGGAUAGUCUGUUUCAAGAAUGCAGCGAGAGAUUCAGCCACAAUUCAAAUCUCGCGUCGGUUACAAUGCCUCAGAGUGUGCCAACAAAGCCACGCAAAGGGCUGGACUUGCUCCAGAACAUUGACGAGAUGGAUUCGGAGGGCGAACAGUGUGGGGAUUUGGAGGGAGAUGACGACGGGGACGACGGCGCCGACUCUGAUUCAGGCUCGGAAACGGACUCUGAGGUGGAGUGCUCGGGAGACCCGUGGUGGAGAGACACGGCGAGAGACGGCACGGUGUGGGUGGAGCAGACAGCCUCUCGGGGAAGGGGGGGGGAGGAGGGCGGGGCCAUGAAAGAAGCCCCCGGCCCCACAAGUUACGCCAAGGAAAACAUCGAAAGCCCACUGAGCAGUUUCCUGUGUUUGAUUGACACAGAAAUGUGGCAGAAGAUUCGACGGUACACGGAAGCGGAAGCGGAGCGGAAAAGCGAAACGUUCAAAGUGUCAGACGAGGAACUGAAGGCGUUCGUGGGUCUCGUUUAUCUGAGAGGCAUCAUGGGAGGAACGAGUGUGAAGGUGGAUGACUAUUGGUCGGCUGACUUGGGAAAUCCCAUUUUCAAAGAUACAAUGUCUCGUCAAAAGUUCCGAGACAUCAUGCGUUAUCUGCGCUUCGACGACAAGAACACAAGGGCUGACCGGCUGGUGACGGACAGGUUUGCGAUGAUGUCUGAGAUAUUUGACAAGUUUGUGAAAAACAGCAUCGCUUCUUACACGCCGGGAGAAAACAUCACGAUAGACGAGCAGCUUCUCCCCACCAAGGCCCGGUGUCGUUUCACGCAGUACAUGGCCAAUAAACAGGACAAAUUUGGCAUAAAAUUCUGGGUAGCCGCUGAUGCAUCAACCAAAUACAUGUUGAACGCAAAGCCCUAUCUAGGCAGAGAUGACAGCGUCGUGGCUGGGCCGCGGUUUUCCGACAGUGUUGUGAUGUGCCUGGUGGAGCCUUUCCUGGGAAAAGGAAGAAAUGUAACAACUCACAAUUUCUUCCCCUCGUUGGCGCUGGCUAACAAUCUUUUGUCAAAGAAAACUACCGUUGUUGGAACAGCGAAGAAAAGCAUCAGAGGGAUGCCUCGGUGUGCACAGGUUCAUUCUGAAAGGUUUUCAACCAAGGUGCUGAAGGCUGGAAAAGUCUCGCUUACGGUCUACCAGGCAAAACCCAAGACAAAUGUGUGUAUCCUGAGCACAAUGCAUCAGACUGUUUUAACCGACGAUGGCGACAAGAAACUACCCAACACUCUUUCCCACUACAAAAGCACCAAGGCUGGCGUCAAUGUCAUGGACCAGAUGGCACGGCAGUACUCGGUAAGGGGAGGCAGCCACCGUUGGCCGGUAGCAGUGUUCUACAACAUCUUGGACCUGGCCGCAAUCAACGCUCACAUCCUGUACAUGCAGAGCAUGAACGUGAGGAUCAGCAGGAGGAAGUUCAUCCUCCGGCUGGUGAAGGAGCUGUGUGCUCCUCAGAAGUGGUCCAAGGCCGAGGAGGCUCGAAGGCGGCUUCUGCCCGAGUCUCCCUUCCAGCCUGUGAAACGGAGACGGUGUCAGGUCAACAAAUGUUCGGGGAAUAAAACUUUUGAGAUCUGCCAGGGAUGCAAGCGGCUCGUCUGUGGAAAAUGCUCCAAGAAUGCACCAAAGCUGUGCUUGGAGUGUUGACACUGUAGGGUCCUGAGCGUGAUGCAACUGUUGUGUCGGAGGGGGUGUGGCUUGAGUCAGUCCUGAGUGUAAUGCUUUUCUGUUAAUUGUGGUAGAUCAUUGAUUUAUCCAAAUGUAAAGUUUGUUUUACUGCAUUGAUUACUGAUUUACAGACUUGUACACAUGUCACCUUUGACCUUGUAUGUUCGCUGGGUGGAGGGAUGCAACAGGUGUGUUCAACUUCAUGAAUUCUGGUUAUACUUUUUGGUCCAACUUGAGACGGCAUUUUCUCAAGAGCAACUGCAUAGGUUCUAAUGACGACACAGCUAUUUUAUGAUUGGCCAGACUCACACAUGACAACUUUGACGCGUGUUUUGUAUUUAUUCUGACAUCUUCAGUUUCACCAAUGCUCACAUCUGGACCAAACAGUAGGCCUACAAUUGAAUUAAAUAUUUGCCUUUAUUGACAGACUGUGAUAGCCUACUAUUGUUGAAGAAAGUGUUUUAGUCCGCAUCUCCACUAACAAAGACUUUAGUUGAGUUCUGGUUGUAUUAUCAAUCUGCAGAUUGGAAAAAGAGUUUAACAUACCCCAAUACAUGAAAUGACAAAUUUCAGUGCACUGGUUCAUGCAAGUUCUAAAGCGAAAACAAUAAAAUUUGGGACCAUGCAGUUUGUCAACAAUAAAGGAAGCAAACAGCGCUUGAUCGGCCAUGACUGACAUCAACGCAGCAAACCACAAGUCCGACUUUACGAAGCCGUUUUUAACUCCCUCCCCGACUGCAAGCGACAACUCUCGCCGCUCGUUUCAUGCAGCCGAUGUCGAACACACUUAAUGACAAUGUAAAUACUUUUGUUUAAAUGUACAAAUGUCAACGUAUUGGCAGAUCCCUUGCUGUUAUAACAAUUGUAAAAUGCACUGUUAAACUUGAACAUUAAACAUUUCUA